AUGGAUGCACCCCCAGCAUAUCAGGCACAGCCUGACAGCAAAGCACCAACUUUUCCAGACAAAGACCUUGGCAUUGAAGCCCCCUUCGCAGACCUCAAGAUCGACCCAACACCUCAUGAUCCAGAACCCAACGUCUGCCUCGCUCAUCUCAGACUUCUCUUCGCCUUUGAGGCCCUUAAAGAGGACACCGGCUACCACGAUGGCCUGUUUGGCAUAUGGGACUCUCGUGCCGAUGGAAACAUCAGGGUUAGAGAGAAUGGCGAUGUAGAAGAACUUCCUACUGAGGGGGAAAAUACUCCGGACCUCGAGGAUAAGAAGAAGGCUCUUAGCAAGCUGCGGGAAAAGCGAUGGAGUCUUUUCGUUGCGAGAGCUGUUGAUCGCUACCAAGACUGGUGGAAUUCUUUGUUUACGAGUAUGUCGUCUUUGACCGAGGAUAAAAUGAAGGACAAGGAUUCCCUUUCUUUUGGACAGUUCGUUUUGGGGGCGAAUACGGAUUGGUGGGAACAUGAGGCUCUUCCACCUCUUGAUGUCUUGAUGGUGUAUCACUCCCAUCUCUUGAACCCCCAUAACUUCCUUGAAGAUUGUUUACGAAGAGGUCUCCGCCAAUUUUGGCAGUCUGGCAUGCCGUGGGCUCGUGUCAACGCUGCCAUAGACGGUUCAUUCAACUACAACGUUUCGGACGAAAACAAAGUUACAUGGUUGGCACAAACCAACUGCAGCUGGGAAAACGUCCAAGACUCGAACUUCAAACUCAUCAACUGCCCUAACAAGAAUUGUGGUUCAAAGUUCAAAGUUCCUUGGACGACCUGUGCUCUUGAGGAAACACCAAAGACCCCAGAGAGACCAGGUCUUGUUGGCACAGGUUAUGGCGACGCCAAGUUCGAAACCCGAUGUCCAAAGUGCAACACGAAAAUCACCAAAGAAACCCUGAGUGUGGCCAAGUUCUGUAAAGAUGCUGAUGAUCUCGUCUUAAUGAGCAAACCCAUGCCAGGAACACUCCUGUGGCCACCAAGCGGCGUUCCAGUAGUGAUGAUGGACCGCACAGGAAACAAAUUUGACCAACGCAUGUUUCCCAACCGCAUGAUCCAACAUGUUCUACGCACUCAGAUCCAGGGUCUUUUGGACUCUCCUGAUCCUGAGAACCCACCUACGAUGGAAACUGUGCGCAAGCUAGUCGAGACUGAAGCUCUCAUGAAACAAAGCGCACUCACGACCAUAUACGGCAAGCCAACCAGGACGGUCCCUGCUUUUUCAAAACGUACGACUCGGAAGAUGAUGUCCAGAUACUGGGAAAAUUUCAGCCCCUUCGCUCUCGAUCUCACAGGCUCUGUCAUGCGACAGGGCAUCUUCUCCGAAAAGAUGUGCAAACUCGAUUGGUUGCACUCACCCACGGCGCGCGAAACUAUGGAGCGUUGCUGUGUUAAAUACAAACGUUUCAUAAGACUCAUCGCCAAGAACCCGCGGAGCGUCGCUGUGCCAACUCUGGACGUUGAUUUGGCAUGGCACACACACCAGCUUAGCCCUUUGGCGUAUUAUCACUAUACUACACGCAAGACGUUCAAGUUUAUUAGACAUGACGACAAGAUUGAAGAUAACAAGUUGAAUGAAGGGUUCGAGUGGACGAGUAAAAUGUACCAGGACACUUAUGAUGAGGUUUACUCGGAGUGUACUUGUUGGUAUUGCGAAGCCACGCGAGCGGCGCAUGUUUCUUCUGCAGGAAGGAUUCUGAAAUUAUCUCAUAACGAGAAGAUUACAGACAAGUUCUACGAGUCGGGAAAGGCAGAUAUGUGUCCGCCCGAUAACUCAGCACACAUUUCUUCCCACAACGCCGUCCGAACCAGUGAUGAAGCUCUUCUUGCAACCAAUCAAAUCGAAAAGGUUCAGAACAGAAUGCGCGCAGUGCACAACAAGCGCUUGGAAGAAAACUAUCAAAAGGCUUGCAAACGCGCCGAGAAGAAGGGCCGUAAACUCCCACCGAAGGAUCAGUACUAUGAUCAUUGGGGGUAUUCCUAUAUGAUGUACGGGCCGUUCAUGGCACCUGUCGUGUUUGUUCCCAUCUAUGCCUAUGGAGCUGCACCGGCCUGUGCAGGUGGAAGCUGUGGAGGAGGCGUCGCUGCGGGAGCAUGCAGUGCAGGUGCAGGUGAUGGCGGUGGAGAUUGUGCAGGUGGUGGUGGAGGUUGUGCAGGUGGAGGAGGUUGUGGAGGAGGAGGAGGAGGAGGAUGCGGCGGUGGUGGAGGCGGAGGAGGGUGUGGUGGUGGUGGUGGCUCCUAA